AUGCGAGCUGCCGUUUUUGGGCAGCUUAUUCUAUUGCUGCUAUUUCAGUCGAGUGAUGGGAAACGAGUUGAGGAUGUGCUUUAUGAAGAAAUCCUGUGGUCUUCACUGGCGUCAAAUCGAGUACAAGCCUGUGAUGGGGAACGCGUCACGCUGCACUGCCCACGUCAUACACAUAUUCACGUUGAUACCGGGUUCUACGGGCGAGUUGUCCCGCCAUCUGAAUUAUGCCCGAAUCGACAGCCCGCUUCCGGGGCCUCAUCGCCAUUUGCGCCCGCGCUCGGCUGCGAUGUGAUACACGCGAAAUCGGUGAGGCUUUAU